UGUUCGCGAACAUCGACCUAAAGCAGAACAAUCAACAUGCAACAAAUCGGCUUUUUUGUAUCACCAGUCGGUGCUUACGAAAUCAAGGCAGAUGAUGAUGGUAUUACAAGUAUUAAUCUGAAAGGAGAGGCGAUAGAGGCUACUGAAGAAAACAAGAAACUGGACCCAAAUAGUCGCUCCACUCGACACAUCGAGGAAUGUAUCACUUGGAUGGAUGCAUAUUUCUCAAAUUCUCUGAUUCAGAAAGUUAAGGUGCCAUCUCUGAACGUCCAAGAUUAUGAAGAAAGCAAGCCAUUUUGCUGCAAAGUCUGGAAGAUUCUUAAAGAUCGGGUGAGGCCAGGAGAGACGGUAACUUAUGGAGAACUUGCAAAUAUGGCGGGCAAUCCCAAGGGUGCAAGAGCUGUUGGGAUGGCGAUGAAGACCAAUCCUAUCCCCAUUAUUGUGCCUUGCCACAGAGUUGUCAAAAGUGGAGGUGAUCUUGGAAAUUAUAGCUCAUAUAAUGGUGUUGUCACCAAGAAAUGGCUUCUUCAACACGAGAAGGCCAUCAUUUAAACUUUUGCAACCAAACAUGAGUGGCGAUUUUCUCCAUCCUCUUCUCUAUACAUUUGUUAGUACUGACGAGGAGAAUUCGUUGAACAAUCUAAGUUCCUUAGGUCAGCGAUCAUUUUCUACAUUCUCAUGAUCUUAAUGAAUGAUUCACCAAUUUUUUGUAGGAGAAAUUGAAUGCUGGUAUUAGGGGUAAAAAAAGGUCCAUAAACUUCAGUUAUUCAAUUAUUUAGGAACUCUCCCAUAUAGAAGAGUGACUGGAAGAUGUAAAGGAAUUCACAAACCUGAUUCAUCUUCACUGUGUUAAUCUUAAAUCACUACAUGAAAGCUCCAAGUAGACGAGUCUUUAGCAAUGACCUUGUAAAAUGUCUCUGAGGUGGGUUAUUAAGAUUGUGUUGUGACAUAGUUGUAACCUUUCAUCAGAUAGUUGUGUGAUAUGCUCCUUAAGCUAAGUUUUGCAUUUUUUACCAUCUGCAAACUACAGCAUGAAUUACACUUAAGUAUUCACCUGAUGUGGCUUGUGCAAGGGCACCUGUUCAUUGAAAAUAAUCAUUCUCAGGCAGGCAUUCUGUCUUUUAUUUCUUACUCUAGUUUGUUUUGUUUUUGUUUGUUUUGUUUUCAAAGAAAAGUAAAAAGAAAAGUCAAUAAGUGAGCUACUGCAAGUAGAUUAAGCUGCAUAAUUAUAUAUGAAAUGUCAAUGGUGUAUGAUAUGAAAGAUGUAGCUUCAGCUUGGAGUGACUCCCCCCUCCCACCCCACCCUAUCAAAAGUUGUUCAUAGGGUGAAGAAAACUUCCUCUAAUUCUCCAUGUGACUGUUUUCUCAUGUUUGCAGUUCAAAUUAUCUUGUGGUUAAUUUGAUCAUUAAGUACUCCAACCUUCAAGCUACCUAAAUAUAGAUAAGGUGUAAAAAAAGUUAUUUUAAGGGUAUCAGAUUCAACUAAAUAAAGGAAUGCCUGGGAAAUCCUACAAUCAGCAUAGUUCCUGACAGACUGCUACACCCAAAUUGGCUUGUAUUAAUUCCUUUUUAAAACAAAGGGAGAAAUUGAUGUAACAUCACAUGUCACUUAGGGUAAAAUUACAAGCUCACCUGACAAUGAAAUACAGGACCCUAUGUAUGUCACAUCAUGGUAAGUAUAAUUUGCUAGAAUUUGAAUAGUGUUGCAUUUACUUUGAGGGUUAAUUAUCACAACACCUAGUUUUGAUAACCAAAGAACUCUGUAAAAUACCACAACCACAAAGCUUUUGAUAUCUGUAUAGAAAUGAAGUAAAGACUGCCUAAUGCUCUAGGUGCCACAAUCAAGGAAUGAGUAGCAUUCACAAAGCAGUAGGAACAGUUAUGCACAUCACUGACUCCUCUAAGGGAAUGUUCUUGAAACUGCCCUUAGAGGGGAGAUAAAAUAUUUGCAUAAGUGUGACUGAUGCAAGUGCCUGGACAUUUGAAAGGGACACCAAAAGAUGUAGUGAAGAAUUCUUUAAUUUCUCACAGAAAGAAUUUGAUUACAGGCAGUUAUAAUUUUAAAAACUUUAAAUGUUAGAGUGAAACACCUGCUUCUUGUAGAAGAGUUAAGUGAGACAACCAUCUCUUUCAACUACUCUAUGGGCACUGUUGCUUGCUUCUUAACAGAGAAUAAUCCAGGCAUGGUCCUCAAUCUUUAAGAGUUUCAAUCAAGCAUUAUCAGAGACUCCUUGCAGACUUGCCAGCUCACAUUAGUUAAGCUGUCAUGUUAUCUAGCAGGCUAAGAAAUGCUCAUGGUGAGGCACUUAUCAUAAGGGCCAGCUUGAAGGCUAAAAAUAACUUGGCAAACAACUUUAAUUUACAUGAUAAUUUGAAAUUGAGCUAAAACUGAAGAAAUUACUCUGAGACUUUGGGUAUUAACUCUCCAUACUCUAAAUCAAGAGUCCACUCCAGGAGCCCCUUGCUGGUGUAGUAAGGUUACUAAACAUACUAACAUUGAUAUCAAGCAUUGGUGCAGUAAGACUGAUGCAUGAUACCCAGUUAGUCUUCAGCCACACAUGGACAUCUUCCCUGCUUUCUGCACCAAAUGUUCAUUUUCCCCUUGAGAUUGCUAGUUGUUAUUGAUGUAAGGCCAUCCUGUUAACCCUUAAACUCCCAGAAGUUAACAACAUCAAACUCCUUACAAUUUCACUAAGUUACCUUGUAAACCAGGUUAUGAGAAAAGACAAGCUCAUCAGCUAGGUGUUAUUUUGGAAUGAGAACAAAUUCUCCUGUCUAAAAAGUAUGGCAGUAAGUUUGGAGAGUUAAUCAUUGGAUCCCAAAGUUUAAAGGAUUAAAACAUUUUGUAUCCCAUUGUCUGACCCUCCCAUAUUUUGAAGAAACUAACAAGAUGCUUUAUACAGAUACAGUAACUAAUCAAUGCAAUUCUUUUUCUUGCUAAAUUCACAUUUUCCCUUGUAUUUUAACACAAGAUGGAGACUUGAAUUUUAAUUUCUUUUCUCAAUUUCCUAGCUUUUAUUUAAUAUCAGUAUUAACCCAUGAACUCCCAUUAGUAACUAGACAAUUUCUCCCCACCAUAUCAAUACAAUGUGAAGCAGACAAGUGACGAGAAUAAAAAUAUCAAUUAGGAAAUUAUUACAGGGCCCAACA